AUAGUGUGCUGUCUCUGUUCCAGGGAGAAUAUCAGCUCUGCACAGGGAGGAGAGGAUUAGCGCAAACUGCUCAGCUCAUCUGCAUACAUGUUCCCAGAGAACACAUGAGCACCCAGAGCUGCACUUCUUUUGUAUAAAACCUGGCACUCCCACCACAGAGGCUCCACUUCACCCACUGUCACUGCUGUGAGAGGAUUUACUAAGGACCACAGUUUUUAUCCUUCUGGACUCUUUUUUUAUUUUUCUUCAGUGUUUUCUCACAAUUCAAAUGUGCAUUUUGUUGUCUUUCUAAUUGGGAACAUGCAACUAUCAUCAUUUGAGUUGCUCUGAGCAUCACACAGUUUUCCCCACCUUUUUUGGGACUUUUCCAUUGGGGUUGUUCCUUCAUCUGGUUUGGGAGACUGCAGCAGCGAAAUGCCAUCCAGAGAGUCGUACGAGGUUCACAAGGAAGAGAAGUCCCUUGUGCAAAAGGCCAAGCGAGAGGCCAAUCAGGAGGAUAUUCUGGCCGCAGCUCUGGGAAUGAGGAUGGGGCCACAGAAACCUCCAGCCACUUUCUGGCAGCCACUUAAACUAUUCGCCUAUUCACAGCUCACCUCACUGGUUCGCAGAGCAACACUGAAGGAGAACGAGAGGACGCCCAAAUCUGAGAAAGUCCACAACUUCAAGGUCCAUACCUUCCGAGGGCCUCACUGGUGUGAACACUGCGCCAGCUUCAUGUGGGGACUGAUAGCUCAGGGGGUCAAAUGUGCAGAUUGUGGUUUGAACGUCCACAAACAAUGCUCUCCUCUGGUGCCCAACGACUGCAAGCCGGACCUCAGACACAUCCGUAAAGUUUACAGCUGUGACCUCACGACCCUGGUGCAAGCUCACAACACGGCGCGACCCAUGGUGGUGGACAUGUGCAUACGAGAGAUCGAGUCAAGAGGAUUGAAGUCUGAAGGCCUUUACAGAAUAUCUGGAUUUAGUGAUUCAUUAGAAGAGGUCAAGAUGGCUUUUGACAAAGAUGGCGAGAAGACAGACAUCUCAGUGAAUGCCUAUGAAGACAUCAAUAUCAUCACGGGUGCACUCAAACUUUACCUCAGGGAUUUGCCCGAUCCCAUCAUCUCAUACGACGCUUACCCCAGGUUCAUCGAAGCUGCAAAGCUCACAGACCCAGAGAAGAAGCUGGAAGCUUUCCGUGAAGCCAUCGCUUUGCUGCCACCAUCACACAGUGACACUCUGAAGUACCUAAUGGCGCACUUGAAAAGGGUGGCCCAGAAUGAGCAAUUCAACCUAAUGAACGCAGAGAACCUCGCCAUCAUUUUCGGACCCACCCUCAUGCGUGUACCUAACCUUGACGCCAUGACAGCACUCAAUGACAUCCGCUACCAGAGACAGGUGGUGGAGCUGCUCAUUAAAAAGGAAGACGUGCUCUUCUGAAAAUGGAUCAAGACUUUUAUAGAACAGCUAUCUAAACAUUCUUCUGUGUAAAGACUUGAAUGACUGUUUGUAUUACAUUGAUUGAUACAUUUUUUUUAAAUGCCCUGCGUAUGGACUAGUGUUGACCUAACAUCUGUCCUUCCCUGUUUCGGGGUUGGAAGAUGAACUUAACACUUGCACGCCACGUACUCUAUGUCUCCCCAUUUUUGUCGGGGGAUUUUCAGAAGCUGACAGGCCAGCAUGCAUGGUGCAAGGUCUUUGUUGCUUUGUAGUCGUAACCCAGCAUGUGUUAAGAUCGUGUAGCGCUGUGAUUUUGCUUUUGUCUGGUCUGUAGUAGUUAUAGCCCACAUUCUCAGCUCCCUUUUGUUAAACAUUGUAUAGCUGGAUUUAAAAAUAAGCUACUGAUAUUUCCGGGUUAAUUUCUAUGAUGCUGUAUUUUUGUAUCUUCUCAACUGUUUUAAUGAGUAGUUGAAUGAGCCUUUCCUGUUGAUGUGUACACACUGGUGCAUUAGCCUGACCUAAACAUUUAUAUUGUGUUAAAAACAGCAUUAUUUGUGAAUUUAAUUUUGUAUUGUAAUGUUUUUGUACACAAAUUGUGCAUGAUCACUUUAAUUUAUUAAACCUUACUCUGAGAAAUGAA